AUGUUCGACCAGCCGCAGUCACUUCGACCCGCCAGCCUCAAGCGAAAGCGAACCUUCUCCGACAACAUCGAACGCACGCCUCUGCCGCGACAUCCCUACCUCACUGGCAACUUCGCACCCAUACAGCAGACGCUACCACUCACGCCGUGUACAUAUGGUGGUGUAAUACCGGAGGAGCUCGCAGACAGCGAGUACGUUCGCAAUGGCAGCAAUCCCGUAUCGAACGAGGACCUCGGACGUGAUGCGCAUUGGUUCGAUGGCGAUGGCAUGUUGUCCGGCGUGUCUUUCACGAGAGACGAUGAGACUGGACACGUGACACCCGAGUUUGUGAACCAAUUCGUCCUCACCGAUCUGUACUUGAACACACUCUCAAGUCCGAGGUUGAAGGUCCCCAUACUACCGAGUAUAGCGACAUUGGUCAAUCCUGUGGCGAGCUUCAUAUACGUGACACUUCGGAUCCUACGGACAAUAUUGCUGGUCAUACUCAGUCACCUGCCUGGCAGUAAACAGAAGAUCAAGAAGAUCAGCGUGGCGAAUACGAAUCUAGUGUUUCACGAUGGAAGAGCAUUGGCAACGUGCGAAAGUGGUCCGCCGAUGAGAAUACAGCUCCCAGGCCUGGAGACUGUCGGCUGGUACGAUGGUGCGGAAGCAGAGGGAGAACCGAAGAGAGAGGUUGCUGGUAAAGAGACAGUGUUGGGACAGGACGGCGGAUUGUUCAGCUUCAUGAGGGAAUGGACCACAGCACACCCCAAGGUCGAUCCGCUCACCAAGGAAAUGCUCAUGUUUCACUCCAGCUUUGCGCCACCGUUCGUGCAGUACAGCAUCAUACCACAGUCGCCGCAUGCAGAGCUGGAUUCAACACCGCUGAGAGCAUACAAGGCCAGGCAAGACAAGAUCUUGAAUGCCGCCGUACCUGGUGUCAAGAGCGCGAAGAUGAUGCAUGACUUUGGAGUCUCUUCAACACAUACUGUGAUCAUGGAUCUACCACUGAGUCUUGAUCCUGUCAACCAGCUCAAAGGUCUACCACCCGUCACAUACAACUCCAGCAAGCCUUCACGGUUUGGAGUCUUCCCGCGGCGACAUCCGGAGAAGACGCAAUGGUUUGAAACAGACGCGUGCUGCAUCUUCCACAUCGCCAACACUUGGGAUGACAGCAGUAGCGCUGGAGGGGUCACAGGCGUGAACAUGCUUGCCUGCCGUCUGACGACUGCCACUGUCAUUUUCGCCGCAGGCAAUAUCGCUCCACCCGUCGAGAAGAAGCAAAAGGUCGUCGCAGCAGCACGGAAGCGUAUGCCUUUCUUCUCAAAGUACGACGCCGACCGCGAACAGACAUACUACGACCACGCCGUAGAGUCGCCCUCGGAUGAGAAAGAGCCUCUCCUCCGCAUCAGAUCAAACUCGCAACCUCUAGCAGACGACGACGACCUUUUCAACGAAGACCAAUGCCGCCUCUACUACUACCACUUCGACCUCCAAACCAAGAACAUCACCCACCAAUGGGCCCUCGCCGCCAUCCCCCUCGAAUUCCCCUCCGUCCGCCCCGACGUGGAAAUGGUCCAAGCCCGUUACAUCUACGGCUGCAGCACGACAACCACAGACUUCGGCUCCGCACUCGGUAAAGCUGCCAAGAUCGAUGCGCUCGUCAAAAUCGACGCGGGCAGUCUGAUAGCCAGAGGUAAAGAACACCCACCCAUAAGCGUCACAGGCGUCGUCGACUCCCGCUCCAUGGCUCAGAUCCUCGAGAGCGAGGACCUCAACGACCCAAUCCAAGUCUUCCGCAUGCCGAAGGGUUGGUUCGCGCAGGAGCCACGUUUCGUUCCUGCCUCUACUAACGUCGCCGAAGACGACGGCUGGCUCCUCUUCUACGCUUUCGACGAGUCCCAGCUCCUUACAAACGGUGAUGUCCCGAAGGACUCGGACCCAAGGGCGAGAGCGAAGAGCGAGCUGUGGAUUCUUGAUGCGAGGGAUAUGACGACUCUGGUUGCGAGGGUGCAUUUGCCGCAGCGCGUGCCCUACGGUCUGCAUGGGACGUGGUUCUCGGCUGAGGAGGUGAGGGGGCAGAGGGCUGUGGAUAGUAUUCGCACUACGGCGAGGGCGCUGGAGGCGAGGGAGAGGGGGGCGUGGAUGAGGAUUAGGGAUUGGGUGGAGAGGAUGCUGGGUUGA